AUGGGAAUUCUGCGGCGCAUUGCAGGCGAACUGCCGCCAAAAGAGUCGGACCCACAUGAGGUCUCAGGACAAGGAACAGAUCCCGCACCAGAGGACACAGACAAAAGUGACAUCGUUGCCAAGGCAGGUGGAACUUCUCUUUCUAAGAGGUACCGUGGAAAAUGGGCUCAAGUGACCAAGGCUGUAGUUGCUGCUGUUGCAGUGAUAGUGGUGUGUGGGGCUCGUUACAUUAUCUCGGGAAGGUUCCCAUCGUACCUGAAGAUUUCACAGCUGCGAGUAGACGAUGCCUCACGGCUACCACUGGACGAUGCGAGCAUGCAGAAGUACAUGGAUGAUUUCAAUGAAGCAGCAGAGGAGAUGGAAGAGGCUUUUUCCUCAGGAGCUGCCAUGCGGCAACCGUUUCAACUACACUUCACACCGUCGCUUGAGGAUGGUCAAAGUCUUCCGGGAGACCCUCUGGAGAUUAUCAGAGACCACGUUGCCAAAAUGCAAAAAUGCAAAGUUCCAUCUGCUUCUUCUCCGCAGGCGCGGCGGGACUUCGCCCAACACUUGCAGCUAUUACGCAGUAUAUGCCGAACAGCGGCGCUUCGCCUCCAUGAUUUGGAAUUGUACAUCACUGUGAGUCAGAAUUUAGGCGUGGCGAAUCCUUUUCUUGUACCUGCCCGCGACGAAGAUAAUAGUGACAGUGAUCCUCCUAUAGACUUUGAAGAAGUGCCAGAAAGCGACUGGGCAGCUUCUGACUUUUUGCAAUCAUUUGGGUUGUAUGCGGGUGGUACACGGCGAGUAAAUGAAACCUUAGCUGGCAAACUUAGAGGGUUGUUGGCGAUUGGAAAGAGAUAUAACGACGGCAACUUGAGGGCCCGAUAUUACUUCACGACAUUCCUUCAACCGUUUGCAGGAGACGGCGCUUUCAACCCCGCUCAUGUCCCUGCUGAUCACCAGAUCCCAUACAAUGGAAAGCCAUUUCGAACAGGAGCUCUCGCAAAAGCAGCUGCGCAUAUAUUCCGUGAAUCCGACGCCACUAGGGAUUACGCAUACAUACGAAAGCUGAAUCAAAUUGCAGAUAAUUGGACGAACGCAGAUGUAGUGGCGGCUGUGAAGCGACAAGAGAAAGAAGAUGCGGACAAUGCUCAAACCAGGCUGAAGGCUAAGAGAGAGCUUAUGGGACGGCUGCUAAGGCAAGGCAUAGCGAAGGAUGACCUGGUGAUGAUUGCGUUAUUCCUUUUAUAG